CUCGCUCGCCCUCAUCAACAGAGCCAGCGCGCAACAUGACCACCCUGGCAGAGUUGUCCCCCCCGUGGGCGCCCUUCUUCGGGUUCGCCGGCGUCACCGCCGCCAUCUCGCUCUCGACCGUCGGCGCCGCGUUCGGCACGUCCAAGUCGGGUAUCGGAAUCGCGGGUCUCGGUCCCUUCCGUCCGGACCUCAUGAUGAAGGCCCUCAUCCCCGUUGUUGUGAUUAUCGCCGUUUACGGCCUCGUCGUCUCUGUCCUGAUCGCUGGUAACAUCAACCCCGGAAAGUACACCCUCUUCCAGGGCUUCAUCCACCUCGCGGCCGGCUUGUCAUGUGGCUUCACUGGCAUGGCUGCGGGCUACGCUAUCGGUGUUGUUGGCGAUGCUUGUGUUCGUGUCUACCUGUACGAGAACAGGGUCUACGUCACGAUGGUCCUUAUCCUCAUUUUCGCGGUCUGUACGGCCUUAUCGUCGCGAUCAUCAUGAACACCCUCACCUAAGCGCGCCGCGGCGCGCAACAACUUCUUCAGCCCUGCUGACCCCGCCGUGGAACGGCCUCAUAAAUCGUAGAACUCAACAUGCAGCGGAUCCCAUCCAG